AAACUGCUCGUCGAGGACCAGGAGGACACACUUGUCUGAAGGCCCAUCGCCGCGGUAACCCUGGGAAACGGGGCAGAGGCUGCAAGAGUGAGGAGCAGAGACAGGCGCUGUCCGACACCAUCCAACGAUGCUGAUUCCCCUUCUCAUCUGCUUGAGUCCCUUUGUGACUCAUGCCAACUGUGAGUUGGGCUUUCAUGGGAUUGACUUAGAAAAAUGGAAUACGUCCCAGCUGCAGCCCACCAUCCAGAAACUGAUGAAGGGCUAUAACUGCUAUCUCAGACCCAACUUCAACGAAGGCCCCGUGGAAAUUGGAAUGAGUCUGGAUGUUGCAAGCAGUGAUGCCAUCUCUGAGAUCAAUACGGACUGCACAGCCACUAUAUUCCUGAGACAGCGCUGGCAAGGUUCCCGUUUGAUAUUCCCCGGCAAUGAAAGCUCGAGUCUGGAUGGACGCCUGGUUUCCCUGCUGUGGAUCCCUGACACGUUCAUUCCUGACUCCAAGCGCUCGUUCCUGCACGAUGUCACCGUGGACAACAGACUCAUCCGGAUUUUUAGCAACGGGACCGUGCUCUACGCUCUCCGCAUUACAGCCACUAUUGCCUGCAACAUGGAACUUACCAAGUACCCGACGGACAGACAGCCGUGUACCCUGCAGCUGGAGUGCUGGGGCUAUAAUCUCCAGGACGUGGUAUUUUCCUGGACUCCAGGGAAUGACUCAGUGAAGGGUCUUGGCACACUCCGUCUGGCACAGUACAGCGUGGAGAGCUACUACACCUCGGUGUCUGAGGCAGUGCAUGAGACAGGGCACUACCCGAAGCUGGUGCUGUACUUCUUUCUGCAGAGGAACAUCCUCUUCUUCAUCCUGGAGACCUACGUGCCCUACAUCCUGCUGGUGGUCUUGUCCUGGGUGUCCUUCUGGAUCAGCCAGUCUUCGGUUCCUGCUCGCACGUGCAUCGGAGUGACUACUGUUCUGACAAUGACCACACUCAUGAUGGGUGCCAGGACCUCGCUGCCCAAUGCCAACUGCUUCAUCAAGGCCAUAGACGUCUACCUCGGCAUCUGUUUGACCUUCAUCUUUGGCGCGCUGCUGGAAUACGCCUGUGCUCACUUGUACACCAUGCAGCACCAAACCAUCGUGGAUGUACAAAGAGAACUGCUGAAGGAGUUUAAUGAGUCAAACGGCAACUGCUCCAUCCAGCUCGUACUCUCUGCCACACCUGACAAGGGCCCGCCUCAAGACACCCAGGAAGAGGCACCUGACCAAUCCGUGCAGAGCAAAGGAGAGCAGCCAAUGGGGAAGCAGACCAGCAAUGGCUGUGGCCUGUCCUCGGUCAAACGCGCGUCGCGCAAAGCAGUGUCUGUGAUGAGCGUGGAAAAUCCCCACAACAUCGACAGGCACGCGCGCACCUUCUUCCCAGUGAUGUUCCUCUUGGUCAACAUCUUUUACUGGCUGUAUUACCUCUUCAUUUAACAGGAUGAGCACGCGUGGCUCGUCUCCGCAGCAGUAACGACGGCUCUAACAAAGGAACCACCGGCUGGAAGGGCUGGAUAUUCUAAUAAAGGCGUUAGGCUCAAAGCACACAGUAAUGCUUAUCUGGACCCAGUAACUCGCAGUAAUGGUCCCAUGAACUCACACAAAGGCUGCAGGAGCCUCAGCGUGCUGCUGGUUUCAUCAUAAAUUAACAAUCCAUGUGAAUCUCACUGUGUCAGAUAUUACAAAGUAGGGUGACAGAAACCUGAUUGUUAUUACCCUAGAAAUGUCAUGUGUAUUUAGUUAUUUACCUGCAAACAUUUA